GUACAGGAGCGGGGCGCGGCGCGGCGUUGGCUGUGUGCUGUGUGCUGUGCUGUGUUGCGUGUGUGAGGGAGCGUAAGUGUGUCCGUUCGCUCUGCACAUGUACAUAGAUAUUUGCGUGGGCGGCGCGAGGCGAGGCCAGUGUGGGUGGACAGGGAGCUUUCCAACGAAUCAAUAUGACGGAAGGAUGACUGAAUGAAUAAUCAACGAGUGUUCCUGAAGAAAUGGACAUUGCUCCCAUUUGUUCGUUUCUGCGGCUUUUGUUGGGGUUCAAGUUGGGUUUCAAUGGCAGGGUUUCUUGGAUCGCCGGCGCGUGACGGCCGUGCAUCGCCACCGCAUGGGGAGUUUCCUUUACAGCUUGCUCUGGGUACCUGAGCCUGAAGACAGCGAAAAGUGGCGUUUGAUUCAAAGAGUAGGUGAUGCCGUUGAUCAGAUAAGGCACAGGCUGCCGUGCCCCUGUAACAGCACCAUGCUCGGUAUCGAUGCGCUUCGAGUGCUUGACCGAUGCCUGGAUGAAGACGGGGUACGCAAUGCAUCUUUUGACCUGACUGACAGAAACCACCAGUGGCCGUGUCAUGUCUGCAGAACAUCAAGGAGAGCCAUCGUGAACGGUUUGUCGCGGCGUGCAAGAUAGCCGCGCUUUCGCAGGCUGAGGUGUUGGAGGUGCACGCGCGGAGGCUCGGCCGUGACCACGUCAAGUAAGAAAUGACGACCAAUGAGCAGAUCUAUCAGAUGGGUGGGUACCGGGACAACGUGCUGUCACCCACCUCACUGUUCCCGUCUGUGUGUGUGUGUGUUAGGAGGGUGGAGAAGAUGCUGGGCGGCCCCAUCGUACCCCCCAGAGAGAGCCGGGAACGGCCAACUCCAACACAGGCCACAGGCCAGGCCGACCGCGCGGAACCACGAGCACGAGGGCAGAGUAUCAGCAGUGACGAUACUAUCGGCUCAAGCCCGACGGACCCACUGCUGGGGCAGCAGUAAUGAGUCGUGACCAACAGACAGACAGACAUGCGGGAAGGGGGCGGGUGCAAAUGUGGAUCGAUGAGGCGAAUUGGUUCCUUUUUGGUGGACACGACACGCAUGAUUGAUGCGAUGCCUGUAUUUAUUGGUGGUUUCUGUUGACUUACUUUUUGCGUGGCCCAGGUGGUUGCACCUUGCCCUUGUACUGUAC